AUGGCAAGACCAGGUGGUGUCCAGGUGAGUUGUAGGCAUCCAACUCCAAUAGGCAAGACUGAGGCAGCGACAAUGAGGGUGAAACUGGGUAAGGAUCAUGAAGAUGACUUUAUUGAUGAUACACCUCCAGUAGUUAAUAAUAUUAGUGAUGGAUCCGAAAAAGAAGAUGUGCCAAAACCAAGUCUUAAGAAACGAAAAAGGAAUGGAGGCGUGCCAAAACCAAUUAUUAGCAAACGAGAAAGAGCAAGGAAUAAUGGUAAAGGAACCGCUCCUUGUUGGGUAGCGUUUGAGCCGAUGUGGAUUAUAGAGGAUGAUGGUGUUGAAGAAAAAGUGUGGAAUGUAUUCAUUGUAAAAAAAAUACUUAAAGCUGAUACGGAUCGAAACGGGACAUCUAAUAUGAACAAACAUCGGAGGAAUUGCAAGUUAAACCCGGACAAUAAAGAAAAGCAUGAUAAAAAGCAAGCCAAAUUGAAUUUUAAGAAGGAGUCAAAUGAAAAAUCGUAUGAAAAGGAUCUACAAAGAGUAUUGAAUCGUUUGGACUUCGAGGGGAUAAAAGAGAUGGUGGAUUUUCUUGAAAAGUUUAACGUUUUGGCUUCAACAAAACCUUUAGUCCAUCGAUUAAUCCGGGAAAUCUUAGAUGUGAACCUACAUCUUAAAAAAUGGUCAACCAAAGUCAACUUUGUUCAUUUGAUACCCAACAUGAAGGACAAAUAUGACAAAUAUUCGGGCGACUAUGCAAAGAUGAGUGAUUAUGUUUACUUUGCAAUAUUGCUAGAUCCUACAAUGAAGUCUCAAUUAUUGUUGUAUACUUUUAAAGAAAUGAUUGGUUCCAAGGAUGAAAAGUUAUCAAAGUCGGAGAUAGAAUUGAAAGCAUAUGAAAUGCUUUAUGAGGUCGAAAGGAAGAUUGAGAAAUUUUUUAAGACCUACUUGGAAAAAUACGACAUGAGCGGGUCUUCUAAACAACAAAGUUCUCAACAAUCCGUUGAUUGUGAUGAUGAUAAUGACUUUUUUGGCAACUUCCUUAAUAGUGGAGGUGACAACUUGGAUGCAGUGGAAAAUGAAUUAAUUAUAUAUAUGAAAGAGCCCCAGGUUAUGUACAACAAAAGUUUUCAUAUCCUAAGUUGGUGGAAACUUAAUGGUUUAAGAUUCCCGAUAGUUGCUCGAAUGGCAAAAGAUAUAUUGGGGAUACAAAUCUCAACUGUAGCAUCAGAGUCUGCCUUUAGCACAAGGCGUAGAGUUUUAACCGACUCUCGUGCUAACUUAUCGAACGUGAUAGUUGAAGCUUUGUUGUGUACCCAAGAUUGUGUUAGAAAGAGUAGAAAACCUAUAAUAGAUAACGUGGACAACAUUUUAAAUGACGAUGAAGUAGCUAUGAAGAUUGAGGAAGCUUUACGCAAUGACAAAUCAAUGGGAAAGAGACCAAUGGAGAAGUAG